UUCCUUUGGGAUGAGGCUGGAUUGUCAGAGGCAUCCUGAUCAGAUGUUUGAACCAACUCAGCCGACUCUUUUUAAUGCUGCCUUUCUACUGGUGAAGCUCAUUUCAUGGUCUUGUUAUUUCUGUUGUGGUCUAGAUUUCAUAAUUAUAGGUGAGGUGAGGGUUAAACUCUUCAUCAUGACAUCCUCCAUUACAUUAUAGCACCAAGUUAAAACGUAUCUUCAAGUGUCAACAUGAAGCUGUUCUCCUUCUUCUCUUAAUCAAAGGUCUUGCUUUAAAUAGUGGAUCUGCUCUUUGUGCCGCCUGGUACUCCAGGGAUCUCUUUAAAAAGCCUGAUUGCAUGAGUCAUGCAGGAUUGAAUGUGCUGUAACACUAAACCCGGAGCACUGUUUACCACUCCGCUGCAUUCUAACGGGCGGAUUAGGUUGCUCAACAACAUACACCUAAUGCGGAUUUGGAGUGAAACAAGCGGCCAGCGUGCUGCCGUCUAGCUGAGGCAGGAGCAGCUCUGUUCUCGUUUGCAACGUGGUUUCUCAAUUAUUUUAAUAGGCCUAUUGUUGGGACAUUUUUCAGUGAGAUUAGAGGUAGAGUUCAGAGCACAAAGGCGACUUGUAGACAAAUGAGCCAAUUCCCUAAUCUCCCUGUCCAGCUACCCAGCCUGGACUUUCUCCACUUCCCUUUUGGUGGUUUGAUUCUACACUAAAAGCGCUCUCGACUCCCUUGAUUCACUCUCUAAUCAACCUGUUUUUAAUAUUUUUUGCUGAGUCCUUCAGAUAACUUUAGAACCUUCUCAGUGGGGGAUUCAGGGAGUUCUUACUGGAUUUGCAUCUCGAGCCAGAAUGGACGAAAUCAGCGGUCUGCUGGGAACCAUGGGGCGCGUCCGCAGUGACACCCUCUCUUCUGAUGCCACACAGUCAACGGCAAGCAAACUGGCUCUGCGCCAUCGGCUAAACCAGCUGAUGACCUGUGUGGAUGACCUGGACCCCAAAACCGAGUUGCACCAGAAAAUGGUCAAGACCCUGGACAGUGCCUUCCUCUCCUGUGCCAAGAGAGUCAACAAGCCAAAAAAGGACAACUUCAGACUUCACAUGGUGACGUGGAACGUGGCGACGGCUGAUCCUACUGAUGAUGUGGCCUCACUUCUCCACUUGAACUCGCCAAAGACUCCUGACCUCUAUGUCAUAGGGCUGCAGGAAGUUUACUCAGGACCAGUGAGGUUUGUGUCGGACAUGAUGUUUGACGACCCCUGGAGUCAGCUGUUUACUUCCACCCUAGCUCCGUUGAAUUACAUCAAGGUGUCAUCGAUAAGAAUGCAGGGUCUACUGCUGCUAUUCUUCUCCAAACUGGAGCACGUCCCCUUCAUCAGAGACAUCCAGGCCACCUACACCCGCACCGGCAUAUUUGGUUACUGGGGCAACAAAGGCGGAGUGUCGGUUCGUCUGUCUUUUUAUGGACACAUGCUCUGCUUCCUCAACUGCCACCUGGCUGCUCAUAUGAAGUAUGCAAAUGAAAGGGUGGAUGAGUUUGAGCACAUCAUGGACACGCAGACCUUCGAUUGCAAGAAAGCUCCAAGAAUAAUCGACCACAGGCUGGUGUUCUGGUUCGGAGAUCUCAACUUCAGGAUCCAGGACCACGGCAUGCACUUUGUCCGCUCGUGUAUCAACAACCAAACCUACAACCUGCUGUGGAGUCAUGACCAGCUGAUCAUGAUGAAGAAGAAGGAGAAGCUGCUGCAGGAGUUUGAAGAAGGACCGCUGGACUUUCAGCCCACAUACAAAUUUGACUUGAACUCAGAUACCUACGACAGCAGAUUCUACGCAACAUGGUUUGGCUUUAAUGGUAAGAAGCGAAAACCUGCCUGGACCGACCGGAUUCUGUGGCGUGUCCGACCCAAAUCCCAACCCAACGACGAGCAAGAUGAAAACGAUGUAAAGGAGAAGAAGCAACUGAAAGAGGAAGAGGAGUAUCCUCUGAAGGUCCGGCAGGACUUGUACACCAGCAACAUGGAGUUCAGCAUCAGUGACCACAAACCUGUGAUUGGCAUCUUCACCCUGGAGCUGACGAAGAUGCACCAGACUCCUCUGGUGAGUCUGCAUGCAGAAGGCGACUGGAGUGCGGACAUUGACUCCAUUGUUCUCUACAACCCCCUGCAGCCCUUCCCAUCCAGUACUUGGGACUGGAUUGGACUCUACAAGGUUGGAUUCAGCAGCGUGUCGGACUACAUCACCUACACGUGGGUCAAAGACGAUGAAGUGACCUUUAACGACGAAAUGAUGCAGGUGUUCAUGGGUAAAGAGGAAAUCCCGGUUAGGGGGGGAGAGUGUGUCCUGUGUUACUACAGCAGCAACCUGCGGUGCAUCAUUGGAAUUAGUGAACCAUUUAAGGUCCAAGAGUCCAAGGUAGCUGUGGCAGAAGGCUUGUUUCCUGAGAGGAUCAAUGGACUGGACAGAAUAGCAAGAAGUGAAGACUUUUGAAGUAAAUCGCUCCCAGAUGUGGAACAACUGAUCUGGUUUCUUGACCUCCAGCUCAGAGUUCAAAUUAGGAAUCUCAUCCCCACUGAGCCCAAAACCUCUGUGGUUGGUACAUUUUUCUGGAAUGAGUGGUCUUCUGGUAGACAGACCAACUGCUGUAUUAAUACCUGGCUAAUGUCCAAUAGCUUAUAGAUGUAAAGACGAAGGACAUUGGAGAAUUUCCUUAAGACCAGCUCAGGGAUGAAGGAACCAUUUUUUCAGCUUCUGCUAGAAGACAGCAACCCUCCAGUAAACUGUCAGCUUGGAAAAGGGAAUUAGGAAGCAAACUUUUCUCUUUCCAUGCUAUCUCAAUUUAUAUGUGAACUUUUCACAUUUUCAGCAAUUAUAUACUUUUUUCUGAGAGCCAGUAUGUGCUUGUGCAAUGCACUGAUUUCUCAUUUUACAGCAUUUUCCUCUCAUUGAAGAAAAUAAACCUUAAAAACAGAGAUUCUUUUAUUAAAUUAUAAGGUGUACAUACAGAAAGAGUGAAAUGUUUAGAAAAAUGAGAAGUUUUUGUUCUGGAAUACUUCUCUUUAUCUGUGUACUGUCAUGAAAAAAAAUCACUGCUGUUGUGUGAAAGCUGGAUGCGAUUGUAAUUUUAAAUUAUUUGGUGAUUAUUGUUGUAGAGACAAGCUGCUGUACAAAGACAAAUGACAAUUUGACAGUUUGGAUUUUAAAGCUCUCCAGUUGUUCACUGAGAACUGAACUGCUGUUUUAUUAGUUGGAUCUGUUUCCAAUGACUCCAGGUCAGCUUUGCAACUUCAGCCCUCAUGAGUUUAAAAGAAAAUAUUGAAAUCAUUCCCUUUUAAUGUAGAUUGUGGCAUCACUGUAAACUUAAUGAAUAUUUUUGCACUGUUUAAUGUUGUUAAACGUAAAUAUAUAUUGAAAAUUUGUCAUUAUUAUUCAGUAUAUGUUUUGUGGCAAAUUCAUCAAGUGCCUUUAAAGCAAUUGUCUAAACUGAACUGUAUGCUGCUUAACAUAACUUUGACCUCUUCAUCACCAGUACCUUAUAUUUAAUCUUUCGACAUCUUUAUUGCUUAUUUUUUCAGAUCUCAUUUGGAUCUUUCUGUUAUAAGCUUAGAGCCUCAUCUCGGCUCUCUGGAAAAUUUUUUGCUGUUGACUUUUUUUGUCAGCUGCUUCUUUGCAAAUGUACUGUAAAAAAAAAA